CAUCUCUCUCUUUCUCUCUCCACUAUCUAUAAAUACUCUCUCUCUCUCUACACUUUCAUCUCAAAUCUCAUUCUUCAAACAUUUCUUCUUCACUCAACACCAAUCUUAUUUUAUUUAACACUUCAAUCUUUUAUUUCUCUACUAUGGUUAAGUCUCAGAGUAACAACAAGAUCAAACAAGAACCAUUAACAAAAACAAAGGCAAUAAUCUCAGAUAAUAGCAACACGAUGAAGAAGAAGUAUAAAGGAGUAAGAAUGAGGAGUUGGGGUUCGUGGGUCUCAGAGAUUAGAGCACCGAAUCAAAAAACAAGAAUAUGGUUAGGUUCUUAUUCAACUCCAGAAGCUGCUGCUAGAGCUUAUGAUGCUGCACUUUUGUGCCUUAAAGGUUCAUCUUCAGCUUCAAAUCUCAAUUUCCCUUUAACAGUCUCUUCUUCGGUUUCGCAUUGCAUUAUUCCUCAAGAUAUGUCUCCGAAAUCAAUUCAAAGAGUUGCUGCAGCUGCUGCUAAUAAUUUUAAUCUCAAUGUCACUCCCUCUUCAUCAUCAUCAUCAUUGGUUUCAUCUCCAUCAAUGGGUUCUUCUUCGGAUGAUGUUUCAAUUAGGUCAUCUUCUGAUCAAGCUAACCGUGAAAUGAUGGAUAUGAUGGAGACUAAUUGGUAUGGAUUAGAAGGUUUAGAAUCUCCUAAAUAUGUUGAUCAGGUGUUGUUAAGUGCUUCUUUCUUUGAUGUUGAAUAUUCAUCAUAUUUGCUUGGUGAUGUGUAUGAAGAAAGUGAUAUUCGUUUAUGGAACUUCAACUGAAGAAACUUAAAUCCUUUUUCUUGUUUUUUUCUCCUUAAAACUCAAUUCAAAUUAUUUUCUCUUCAGUGAUACUACUUGAAGAUGUUAGUGUAAGAAAUAAAUCUAUGGCUCUAAUGCUAUAUAUUUGAAUAUAUUGUCAGAGCUCAAAUUUGUAUGUCUUUUUUGAUUUGUUGAAAUGGAAGUAUAAAUAUUUUCCUCUA